AUCCGUUGGCUUGUCCACGCUUUGUCCCCAUUUUUAUCACCCAAAUCAAGCCAUUGCCAAAAUGUCCACUCCCAAUUCCUCCACGACCCCAUCUGACCGCACCUGCGGCCACUGCGGCAUCUCCGCCUCCUCGCUCCCCGAAGGGUCCAACCUCUCGCAAUGCUCCCGCUGCAAGAGCGCCUUCUACUGCAACCGCGAGUGUCAAUCCGCGGCCUGGGCCGAGGAUAAACCGCACUGCAAGCGCCAGAAUUUCGUCCUGAAGUUUCAUCUCUGCCCCCAAUACAUCGUCAACCCACCCGUCAUUCGCACGCUCUCCGUGCCCGCCACUGCGACGCUCGAAACGCUGCAUAAAGCGCUGCAGAUCGCGUUUGGCUGGGCGGGGACCCAUGCGUACGACUUCGCUGUGCUGGAUCCGGCGUUUGAGCCGCCGACGGCGGCGGAGUAUAUGGAGCAGGGGAUGAAGAUGGAUAUGCGUGGGGAUGGGAUGUUGGGGUUCGAGGAUCCGAGGGAGUAUAUUGUGAGGGUGGUGCAUAAGCCGGAGGAGUAUGUUAGGGGAUACAAGAUCGAUAGGAUGCAUGAGGGGAGGAGGAGGCAUCCGAGGACCGAGGAGAGGAGGAGUGAUAGGACGAAGGUGUAUGAAUUGUGGGGAGAGAAGGGGUUUGCGGACAAAGCAAUCGAAUACACCUACGACUUCGGCGACAACUGGGUCCACGUCGUCACUCUCGAAGGUCGCGCCCCACCCACGGAGAGAAUCGUCUGCCUCUCCGGAACGGGCCAUGGGGUCGCCGAAGACAUCGGGUCCGAUCAAGGCUGGGAGAACCUAAAGAAGGCGUACCGCACUGCGAACCCUGAUAAGGAGCAGAGGUUCGCUAGACGCAUGUAUGAGACUAAGUGCAUCAAUGGGGAUAAGAGGGGAUUGGGGGAUGGGAGGGAAUAUGAGUUCAAACUGGAGGAGGUGAAUGCUGCCUUGGCUCGUAAUGGGCUUUAG